AUGAAUGUCGAGCAACAAUCAGUUGGUGCCACACAGCAGCUGCCGCCACCGCCGCCGCCCUCGCAGCUGAACACCGCUGACAGCUACGUGGGCGCGGCGGCAUCAUCGGCCAACGCCGCCAUGGCCCAACUCCAAUACGCGAAUGUGGUACCGUCUAGUAGUUACAUGACCAUCGGAAUGCCCAGCAUAGCGACCAUAUCGACAGCCCCGCCUACUCCCCUGCUGGUCACCUCGCCCCCCUCAACGAGCACAUUCAAAACGCCGCUUCUGCCGAUGCCCACACUGGAGGACAUCGAGGUAGCCACCGCGGUUCAGCCACCCGGCAUCCUAAAGUAUCCCGUAUCGGUACCCGUCUCCACCAUGGGCUAUCCCGGCGAGUCGGCUCUCCCGAGCGGAAACAGUACGAGUAACAACUGCGGCACGCUCAAGAGUAACGCGAAGCUCUUGACUGUGGCUCCGACGCCCUCGCAACCGCCCCCACAGAUGAUGCCCCUGCAGCUGAGCACACCAACCCUAACGCUGACCAUGCCGGCACCGCCGCCAACCUCUGUCGGCUCCACAACAGUCAGCUCGGCCGCCAAUUCUAGGCCCCCAGUUCAGCAGCGCAAGGAGACGCAUCAGCAGCAACAACAACAACAGCAACAGCAGCAGCGGCAGAGACAGCGCCAGGCACAGGCUCAUGCAAGCGGUCGUUGGUGCGCCUGCUUCAGCUCCGAAGGUGCCACAAAUGGUGCAGGUGGCGGUGGAACGGGUGGAGGUGGUGCUGCUGGUGGUGGUGGUGGUGGUGGUGGUGGUGGGAAAGCGCCACCAAGCUACGCAACCAAAUCAAAGAAACGCAAACAAACGGCCCAAACAGUUUGGUCCGCAUUGCUCACUAAUUUGGGAAUCUGCACGCUGCUGUUGGCUUACACGCUAUUGGGCUCCUUCAUAUUUCUAACGAUUGAGAACGAGGACUCGGCGCUACUCCACCAGCAACACACUCUGGCCUCCACCAAGCGCAAUAUGGCAGCAGGCGAUGGCAGCAUCUAUCAACAACAGCAGCGACAGCCGCAACAUCAGCAACAACUGCAGCACGGGGACAAUGACACCGUGGCCGCUGCAGUGGCCUUCGCACAUGGAGUUCUGCCCGAGGGCAGCUCGGCAUCCAAUGAUUUUGUUUAUGGCGAGGAUGCGGCGCCACAGUUCGCCUUAUCACCGGAUACCUAUGAUGUACGACAGCGCACCAUUGAGAAUAUCUGGGACAUUACCGUGUCGCUGAACAUACUCUACAAAGAGAACUGGACAAAAUUAGCCGCACUUGAAAUUGCCAAGUUUCAAGACCAAUUAAUCAAGAGACUGAACGAGGAUGUUAUGCUGCAAUUAUCACACGACGAUGUGGCCUCUGGCCAUGGCCAUGCUGCGGUGGCUGGCGGUGGGGGCGGCGGUCCUGGUGGCUCUGGCAACAAUCCUGCUACGGAAGCUGUACUUCUACAUACACAUUUUCAUCACCAUCGUCUGGGUGGCGGUGGCGGACCGCCUCACGAGUGGAAUUUUGCCAAAGCGUUUUUGUAUUCGCUGACCGUUCUGACCACAAUUGGAUAUGGGAAUAUCGCACCACGCACAACACUGGGUCGCAUCGUAACGCUGGCAUACGCCUUCUUCGGAAUACCACUAACACUUGUAUAUCUGAGCAGUACAGGCAGCAUCUUGGCUCGAGUGGCUCGCGAAGUAUUCUCCAAGGCACUCUGCUGCUGUCUCUGCUCCAAUUGCGGUUACUGUUGUUACGAUGAGAAGCGCAUGGCGGAGAAGGAGCGACGGAUGAAGCGGAAGCGCCAGCAGGAGGAGCUGCGCAAACAGCAGGCAGUAAUGCAGGAGCCGUACUAUGUGCGCGACGUCUACCAUGCCACUCCCGAGAAGCAGGCAGGUGGCGGCGACAUCGGUGGCGGAGCCGGCCCCUCGGCCAACAUGCCGCCGCCGCCUGCUCCCACGUCCCUUCCAGCUGACAUUGACUCUUUGAGCGCCAGCGAGUCGCGCGGUUCGAUGCAUGGCUUGAGCAUAUUGGCCCCCAUCCUGCUCUGCUUCUCCAUGAUGAUUAUCUACAUUGUGUUUGGUGCGGCCGUACUCUAUCGGCUAGAGAAUUGGCCAAUUAUCGAUGGCAUCUACUUCUGUUUCAUGAGCCUGUCGACCAUAGGGUUCGGAGACAUGUUGCCCGGACUGCGAAGGGAAUCGAACGCAACCACCUGGUUCUGCUCCGUUUAUAUAAUGUCGGGCAUGACCUUGACCGCCAUGUGCUUCAAUGUCAUACACGAGGAGAUCGUGCAUCGCAUUCGCAUUGUGGUCGAGUUCAAGAAGACAAAUACAGCGGCCAAUGGCGUAACUGGAGGCUCCAUGAUAGACGUGACGCACGAGGAAGACACGCCCACUUCGCUGGUGCUGGCCGCAACGACAGACAACCCGCCCAUGCAUCUGCUCAAGGACUAUGUGAACCAUGAGCUGGUGCCCAUACUCACAAUGGAUCCGAACAGCGCCAGUGCAGUCGGCAAUCGUUUAUCGCUGGCCGCACCCGCCUAUACGCCAACACUAGGCGGCGACUUAACGCCCAACAGUUGCAUUGCCCAUGGCGGCGACGGCCCCCUAGGAUUCUCGACGCUGAGCAGCCCCUUGUUGGAGGGUCUGACGCCGACCACAGCGCAGGCCAAGGGCGUAUACACGCUGACUGAGGAAACGGAAAUGGAGCUACAAGCCGUACACACUGAGACGCAAGUGGAGCGCGUAUAA